AUUUCUUUGGGUUGUGAAUCACUGAUUUUGCGCUAAUUAUUGCGCUGAAUGCGCUCGCUGGGUUAUGUCCAUUCAUUUAUCUGUAGAAUAUGAAGGAGGUCAUGAGGGAGAGAAAUAUUUUCUGCUUAACCUUGGAAAACACACACACACAUAACUCACUGAGUUACAACUGGCCAGAGGAACUAGGUUGAGCUUAGUUCUUAGAAUGCUCUGCCUGUACUAGUACCACAUCAGCAGUCUACACUCCCCCUCGUCCCCUGACACACACACACGCAUCCAACACGCUCUCAACCCCUCCUCCUGGGUCGACACAGCCAGACUCUGAACGUUUCUCUGUUGAGCUCCCCUUUAACUGCAUGUCCUUGCAUACACACACUCACACGCACAAACACACUCUGUCCCUAGUUGAGAUGACGGGCUCUGGUUUCAGUCAGGCUGCAGGCGGCCAGCGCAGCUGUUGGGCUUGAGUUUCUUGUUUUCAUGCAGUGGCUGGCUGCUGGGAGUCUGACUGCACUGCCAGCAUCUGAGAAACUUGGGUGUAGAUGAAGCGGCUAGUAGUUUGUUCUCUUUCUGGAUUGGAAAUAUUUGAUUGCUUCUCAUCUGCUGAAGCUGAUGUAGAGUUUGCAAGGUGAGAAAGUGGCAUAAGCUCUCCAGCCCUGCGGGCGUCCAGCUUAACUUCUUCAGGCCAUGACAGAGCCCAAGGAGUCUCCACCGGUGGGUGGCAUAACGUGGGCGCGGGUGUGUAAGGAAUGUGGACAGUGUCAUGAUGGUCGGGACAGUCACCUGUUUGAAUAUCAGGAUGAGGUGGAUGACGAGCUGGUGUGCCACAUCUGCCUGCAGCCUCUGUUGCAGCCCAUGGACACGCCGUGUGGCCACACGUACUGCUUCCAAUGCCUCAGCAACUUUCUGCACGACCAGGACUUCUGUCCCGUCGACCGCCAGAGGCUUCAGCUGCAGCAAUGCCGUGCCUCCAGCCUUCUGGUGCGCAACCUGCUGGACAAACUGGCCGUGCUGUGCCCAUUCCACAGCGAGUGCCAGCAGAGCAUGCAACGCUGCGAGCUGCAGCCCCAUCUUCACAACAGAUGUCCUGCAUUCAGACGACUCAGGGAAGAGGCGGAGAGAAAAAAGAGACCCUCCUGGAACGAGUUAAAGGGAAGCAAAUCAGAUGGAGAUUUAGCUGACGCCAAGUCUACCCCGAUCGCACGCACAGGUCAACUCCACGGACCCUCAGAACCUGGACUGGUCAAUCCAGCCUUUGAAGAGGGUGAAGAUGACACCCCUCUGAGGUCCAGUCUUGUGGCAGAGGCGACUGUGGUGGAGCUGUUUCGAGAGGAUCCAGAUGAGGAUCUGGGAUUGCGUAUAGUAGGAGGGAAGGAAACACCCUUGGGCAACAUUGUCAUCCAGGAGAUUGUGCGUGAUUCACUGGCUGCUCGGGAUGGCAAGCUAGCUCCUGGAGAUCAUAUUCUAGAGGUGAAUGAUGUCAGUUUGGCAUCCAUCCCCCACAUUCGUGCCAUCGCUGUGCUUCGGCAGUCAUGUUCCCGCGUCAGGCUAACUGUCAUGCAGGAGAAGGGCUUCAAGCCCCGGCCUGAACAUCUCGCUCAACCCUCAGCUUCUCCCCCGUCACAAUCACCCAAUCCCAACCAGAACCACGGCACCAUCAUCCAGGUCACCCUGGUAAAGCGUGAGCGCUCUGAGCCGCUGGGCAUCAAACUCAUCCGUAAAUCUGAGGAGCCAGGAGUCUUCAUCCUGGACCUGCUGCCUGGGGGACUGGCUGCCAAAGAUGGCAAACUAAGGAACAAUGAUAAAGUGCUGGGCAUCAACGGACAGGACCUGAGACAUGGCACCCCAGAGAGCGCAGCUCAGAUCAUACAGGCAUGUGAAAUGCGUGUGAACUUUGUAGUGAUGAGACAUCCUGAUCUCUCUGAGGAGGGUGGUGAGGGGCAGAGCAGAGGGGCCAGGAGGGUCCCGGAACCGCAGUACUUCAGACGACGAUCCGAAUACAUGAAGGAGCCUCCAGUUGGGUUCUCCAGUCAAGAGAAGACAGUGAGUCUGAAGAAAGAACCUCGACACUCUCUAGGCAUCACCAUCGCAGGUGGGAGAGACUGCCGCAGCCGUUUGCCUGUCUACAUCACUAGCGUGCAGCCGGUGGGCUGCCUGCACAGAGAUGGCACCAUCAAAACAGGUGAUGUAUUGCUGAGUAUAAAUGGUAUGGACCUGACCCAUCUGACCUACAAUGAGGCGGUGACCAUCCUAAAGACUCAGGCUGCUCAGAACACAGUAACACUGCAAGUCAUCCAAACUUUUGCUGAGGAGGAGGAGGAACAGGAUGGAGAAUCCAGAACUAGAGAAGACAUAGACACACUGGAGGAACCCAAAGAGGAUGACAUUAACUGGGCUCCUCUCUGGACCCGCUGGUUGGGCCUGCCCAGUUACAUCCACUGGUGUCGUGAUAUUAUGCUGAUGAAGACCAACAGUGAGAGCUGGGGCUUCAGUAUUGUGGGAGGAUAUGAGGAGAGUCGUGGCCAGCAGCCCUUCUUCAUUAAGACCAUAGUGCCUGGAACACCAGCUCACUUUGAUGGACGCCUCAAGUGCGGCGAUGAGAUUGUGGCUGUGAAUGGAGUCACUACAGUUGGCAUGAAUAACUCCUCCUUGAUCCCAAUGCUGAAACUGCAGAAGAACAAAGUCACAUUGACCGUGGUCUCCUGGCCUGGCAGCCUGGUUUAAAGACUAGCCUGAGCUCUAUCACUGUUACUGGGUCCACCACAAGAUGGAUUUUAAGUUGAUGCACAAGUCUGUUAUUGGAGAAGAGAUGUCUUGAGCAUUAUCGUGGCCUCUCUUAAGAACAGGGUGAAAAACUGAGGACGUCUGCUAACAAUCAUUGACCCAAGGUUUAAAAGCAAGCCGAAAGGUUGAUAUUAUUUAACCCACUGUAGGCAUUCAGUGUUUCACAAGUGUGCAGUGUACUUUGUUGAGCUGUAAUGGUGAAAAAGUGUGAACUGCACUUGAGGGCACUGGACAAGCUUGACUUCCUGUUUAACAAGAAGUUAUAUUUAUCAUGCCACUUGUCUGGGUAUAUUAUAGUAUGGAACUUCUUGUUUCCAUAUAUAACCAGUAAUAAUCUUUCAGAAGGUUUAUGAUUGAGUGGUCAGUAGUGAGGUAAUAAAUAUGAAUAAUUUUGACUACCUGGAGUUGGACCACAUCACAUUCUCACCCCUCUGAUGACACUUUUUACACUUAUAUGUUCUGAGAUUAGUUACAUCUGUGUAAAACUAUGUAGUUGCUGUUGGGGUGAUAGUAUGGACUGUUUUUUAAACCACAGCUUGGCUAGUUUGACACAUUUUUAAGAAUGUAUCUCUUGGGUGCCUUGGCUAUGAAUAUGUACAAGCACACUGAUCCACACCUGCCUUAAUUGCCUGUAUACCAAAAAUGCCAAUUGUUAUCUUUGGCCUUUCAUUAACUGUAGAAUGUUUAUUUUAAUGCUUUUUUUUGCCUCUUAUAUCUGUAAGUUCAACCCUUUUAAUUUUUAAUACAUUUUAGUACAUUUCAAUGAUGUUCGGUCUUUGGACAAGCACAGCAAAUGUGAAAGGGUUAUGAUGACAGAAUAAAAAUAUUUGUUUUAUUUUAUUA